AUGGUUGAUAUCCCCCAGCUCUGCUACACCACUCCAAGUGACGAAGUCCCAGAUACUAACAGUUCCAUUGUCGACAGUUUGUCAUUGCUACAAGCGUCACGCUAUAAUGACAUAAACAAGAAGCCACAAGAGGAGGUCCUCAUUCCAGUGCAGAUCACAAAUCGAAUCUUCUUCCUUGAUCUAGCCAAUAAAAAACAGACUGCCAUCCCAUUGCAAGUUUUUGAACUGGAAGACAUGGAGGAAUUGCAUCUGGAAAGAAAUAUGAUUGAGACUGUUCCAGGAAGCAUCUGCCGGCUUCAAAACUUGAAAGUUCUUUAUAUGAAUAAGAACAACAUCAGAGAGAUCUGUGAGGAGCUUGGAGAGCUGAAAUCCCUCCAGAGCUUGGAUUUAAGCAGUAAUCCACUCUCUCCCAAUUCCCUGGAUAUCCUUAGUCAGUUGAGGGCUCUCCGUCGGCUCCGGUUAUAUGAUGUACACCUGCAUGAGUUCCCAGUGGAAAUCUGCAAACACCUGCACCACUUGGAGCUGCUUGGACUCUCCUCAAAUAAUUUGAAUCACCUUCCCAAGGAAAUAAUCAAUCUGACCAAACUUAAAGAGAUUUACUUACAAAGCAACAGAUUUGAAGAUUUCCCUCCAGAACUUUGUCAUCUUUAUAAUCUAGAAAUAAUAGAUCUGGAAAACAACAGCCUGAGUGCCAUUCCAGAUGAAAUUGUCUCUCUGGAAAAUUUAGCCCAGUUCUUUCUUGCGUUCAACAGUCUGACGGCUGUGCCGGAUGCCCUGAGCCAGUGCUUGAAAAUGGUGAUGCUGGAUUUGUCCCAUAACCGCCUGUACAAGCUCCCUCGAAGUUUAAAGCAGCUGACAGAAAUGAAAGAAUUUGGGCUAUCUGGGAACCACCUGGCUGCGUUUCCACGUCAGAUCCGCCGCUGGAGGUCACUCAUGGUAGUCUACAUGAAGAACUGUGCCAUUCAGAUGGUACACCCAUCAUUUGCCAAGCUAACAGCUAUGAGGAUACUUGACUUAAGUCAAAAUCUCCUGGAGGAGUUCCCAAGAGAGAUUUGCGCAAUGGAAAACUUGGAAGUGUUGUCAUUAGAUGACAAUACGAUCUGUGAGUUACCUCCAACAGUGGCCAGGCUUUCUCAGUUGAAGUGUCUCAGCCUGACUGGUAACAAAUUCUUCUCAUUUCCUGAGGAAAUCUUUCUUCUCCAGUCAUUAGAGAAAUUGUACAUGGGGCAAGACCUUGGGACCAAGUUUACAGAAUUACCCACUGACAUCUGCAAGUUACAGAACCUGAAAGAGCUGUACCUUGAGAACAAUGAACUGGAGUAUCUCCCAUCAAACAUAGGCCUGUUGAGUAACUUGGAAAUACUGGACUGUCGUGACAACUUUCUGAUUGAGCUGCCUGACUCCAUAUGCCAAAUACAAGGUUUGCAAAAAAUACUGCUUGAGAGGAAUCAGCUAUUUCAAAUCCCGGAGAACUUGGAUAGCCUAGCGAAACUGCAGGUCGUUACACUGUAUGGAAACCCGAUGAUGGAUCCCCCCGUGGAAGUGUUCACUCAGGGGAUAGAGGCGAUAUUUAAGUAUUUGCAGGAGGAAAGGAAACACAAGGCCAUGGCAAUCAAGGUUCAGGCUUGUUGGCGUGGCUUCAUGGUGCGCAAAGGGAUUGGCGUUUUUGCUGAAGUCUUGAAAAUGAUAAGGAAAGUCAAAAAAGAAAAGGAGAAGAAAGGCAAGGGAAAAGGGAAAGAAAAAGGCAAAGGGAAAGACAAGGGAAAGGGGAAAAAGAAAUGA